UAAACCCCGACAUCGAAGUAAAAAACCCCCCAUGGCUUCACUUCUUCUUUUUCCUCACCUUCACCAUUUUGAUUCUUCACAUUCGAUCAUAAAUCGUAGAGAAGUAGUAGCUCCCGAUCAAAUCCCUCGAAAUUCACCAAAAUUAAGGAAAUUUCUCUCUCCGAAAGCUUCAAUUAAUGGCGGUAUCACAAACGGAGCAGCAGCGGAAACCGCUAAACCCAGUCGCAAAGGGAGGAAGAAGAAGCAAACCUCGACGGUUAUUGAGAAAGAAAAUACCGAAAGCGAUCCUACCGAGACGAAUCCUGAAUCGGAUCCGGCGUUAGUGGAUUACGACGACGGGAUCGAUUUCCCGUACGAGGACCCGCCUCUCGUGUGCUGUUUCGGAGCCGUACAGAAGGAAUUUGUUCCGGUGGUGCGAGUCCACGAUAACCCGAUGCACCCUGACAUGUACUCGCAGUGGAAGAUGCUGCAAUGGGAUCCGCCGGAGUUUGGUCGAGCUCCGGGAGGUCCGCCGUCGAACGUGGCGAUCUCUCACGUUCGGUUAGGCGGGAGAGCGGCGUUCAUGGGGAAAGUCGGUGAAGAUGAUUUCGGGGAAGAGUUGGUCCUGAUGAUGAACAAGGAGAGAGUUCAGACGAGAGCUGUGAAAUUCGAUGAGAAUUCGAGUACUGCUUGCACUCGCGUCAAGAUCAAGUUCGAGGACGGGAAGAUGAAGGCGGAGACGGUGAAAGAGCCGCCGGAGGACUCGCUUCUUGUUUCUGAACUGAAUUUAGCUGUGCUGAAAGAGGCAAGGAUUUUCCAUUUCAAUUCAGAAGUGUUGACGUCUCCUACGAUGCAAUCAACUCUUUUCAUGGCAAUACAAUGGUCCAAAAAGUUUGGAGGGCUGAUUUUCUUUGACUUGAACCUUCCAUUACCGCUAUGGAGAUCGCGCAAUGAGACUAGGAAGUUGAUCAAGAAAGCAUGGAAUGAAGCAAACAUCAUCGAAGUUUCACAGCAAGAGCUUGAGUUUCUACUUGAUGAAGAGUACUACGAGAGGAGAAGAAACUACACACCACAAUACUUUGCUGAGGAUUUCGAGCAGACAAAGAACCGAAGAGACUAUUACCACUACACACCAGAGGAAAUCAAACCAUUGUGGCAUGAGGGGCUGAAGCUAUUGGUUGUGACUGAUGGAACACUUCGGCUUCAUUACUAUACUCCUUCUUUUGAUGGAGUUGUGGUUGGAACCGAGGAUGUGCUUAUAACUCCUUUCACCUGUGAUAGAACAGGUUCUGGUGAUGCUGUUGUUGCAGGCAUCAUGAGGAAGCUAACAACUUGUCCUGAGAUGUUUGAGGACCAAGAUGUGUUGGAGCGACAGCUCCGGUUUGCAGUUGCUGCUGGUAUCAUAUCGCAGUGGACAAUUGGCGCAGUUAGAGGUUUCCCUACUGAAAGCGCGACACAGAAUUUGAAAGAACAAGUUUAUGUUCCAUCAAUGUGGUAGAAUAGAAAGAUCAAGAACUCGGCUUCUACUUUAAUAUGUUUUUGAACAAUGUGUGAGAUGUAUACUGAUUCAAAAUUUGUAAUCCAAUGUACAAUCAAUUUUUGAGUUCACUGAUGAUUAGCAGACGUCUCAAUCUUUGUAUUGUGCUUCC